AUGAUUUUUGACAUUUUCUUCUUAGGAAAGAAAGAUCGAAUUGCUAUCUGUCUAGAUAACGCGACUUGGCACAAUAAACUCACAAAAGAAUCAGUGAUUCCGAAACGUGCUUCGCCAAAGGGAGAAAUUCAACAAUGGUUAAAAGAUCACAAAAUUAAUUUUUCGGAAAAAUUCAUCAAAGCUCAGUUGUUAGAGCUCGCGUGUGCCAAUUGUCCACCUAAAGAAUAUAUUAGUGAUCAAAUUGGAAAAAAAUAUGGUAUAGGAAUAUUUCGUUUACCAAAACUACAUUGUAGCCUCAAUCCUAUUGAAUUGUCGUGGAAUAGUCUCAAGCAAUUCGUUCGUGAUCAAAACACGACGUUUCGUCAGGAUGAUGUGAAACAACUGAUUGAGGAAUUUAUGGUCGCAAUGGAUGAUAAACGUGCAACUUCGUAUUUUCACCAUGUUAGUAAAAUUGAAGAAAUGUACAAAACAGCUGAUACAAUUAUGGAGGAAGACGUCGAACCUUAUUUACAAUCAGAUAGUGAAGAAACAGAUUCGGAUGACGAGUAG